ACCGCGCACACCGGACACGACCAGCGUCCCCUUUCCGACGGCCAUCGCCAUUGCCUCAUCGCCUGCCCGCGCGGGUGUCCUCAACUUCAUGACGGUCUUCGUCCCACUGCAGGCGUCGUCGCCGUUUCCGCAAGCACCGUCAUUUCUCAUGCCUUCGCCAGAGCCAGCCGCACAUGUCAAGAAGGUCGUUAAAGCCGUGAUGAAGGCGCGCAGGAUCGCAGUCGUUUGCGGUGCUGGGAUCUCCGUGCAAGCAGGCAUCCCGGACUUCCGCUCGUCUGACGGGCUGUUUCAAAGCCUGAAGAAAGACAACCCAGCCCUGAGCUCCGGGAAAGACUUAUUCGAUGCAUCAGUAUUUAACUCCGAGGGCACGACAUCCAUGUUCUGUCAAAUGAUAGCCCAACUGUCUGAACUCUCUGAGACUGCUGUACCGACCUCCUUCCACAAGUUGCUUCGUGUGCUGGACGACCGCCGACGUCUUCUCCGCGUCUACACGCAGAACAUAGAUGCUCUUGAACAGAAAUCAGGCCUUACCUUCGGCGUCCCCGAGGUGGACUGCAAGAGGUACAAAUAUCGCUCGACGAAGGGAAGGCACGAUGUUCCUGAGGAUCCUGGUCCUUCCACUGCCGUUGAGCCGCCACACAUUCGACUUCUCACUCCGCCCAUGGAGACUCCCCGAUGCAUACCUUUGCACGGUACGUUGCAGUCGAUGCAUUGCCAGACAUGCACGCACUCGUUCCCGUUGCGAGAGUAUCUACCUGCGCUCAGCGAGGGGAGACCGCCGUAUUGUCCCGAAUGUACCGCCGUCGAGGAGACUCGCCAACUGGUAGGCAAGCGCUCGCGAGGAGUAGGGAAGUUGCGUCCAAGCGUUGUGCUGUACAACGAGAUGCACAAGGAUGGUGAAGAGGUCGGCGAUAUCGUGAGGCGAGACCUCAUAGGUAGCUCCAAGGGAAAGGGGCGAGCGGGCGCAGACCUACUGUUGGUAGUGGGUACCAGCUUACGGGUGCCCGGAACCAAGAGGAUUGUGCGAGAAUUCUCCAAAGCAGUCCAUUCUCGUCCAUUGCCUUCGAGCGGCUCACAGAGCGAGCAUUCUACCACCGAGAUGGGCCUCGCCACUCCUGCGCCAUCGCCACGCCGUUCUCCUGCGUAUGAGGAAGAGGCACCUAUUAGAGUCAUCUAUUUGAACCUCGACUUUCCGGUACCUACGAGAGAGUGGGAUGGCGUAUUUGACGUCUGGAUAAGAGGAGAUGCGCAGGAGUUCGCGCGGAUGGUACAUGAGGAACUGGAGAGGGAGGAAAGGGCGAAGCAGGCUUCUGCAGAGAGGAAACGGCGAAGGGAGGAAGCUGCAUUGGCGACAAAAUUAGAGGAGAGCUUGCAGGUCAGCAAUGCGAGCGGUACCAAGAAGCGAAAGGGUGGCCCUCAAUCGGAGGCACGUUCAUCAUCUUCAUCGACGAAGAAACGCAAGGUGGCGCCGUAUAAACCUCAGAUGUCGAAGCGGCCGAAGGCCAACGUUGCGAAGGUUAGCGAGAAUGCCCGGUUGAUCCUGCCCGUCGUGAAGAAGAGCAGACCACAAGCGCGCAAGACAAAACUGACGAUUAGGAUUCCUCCGCGCCCCGAGGUGCUGAUCACGACUGUGCCACCCAAGCUGAAGAACUCUAUGUGCAAGAGUCCCUUGCCUACGCCUCCUGACUCCCCGCUGACACCGAUACCGAUGUCAUCGCCGAGGCCGCGGCAUAGCAGGACUCCAUCCUCGGGUUCCGGCACAUGGAGGACUGCUGGACGGAACAUCCCUCAACAUGCUCCAUACGAGAGGACCGAUGCCCGUACCGGGUCGCGACGAGGCAGCUUUGACUGGGAUGAUCGAAGCUCUCUGACUGAGCUGUCAGAGUCGGACGAAGACGCGACGAAUGAGUCCGCCGAGUCGUACUUUCCGACAAUUCGUUGUGAUGCCCGUCGACAUGGACCAGGUGGAUAGUAAACGUUGAUACACACUUACGGACUGUAUAUUAUAGUCAUCGAACGCUUAUCGUAUUUUAUUCUGUAGCUAUUGUGUACUAUAUGCCCAC